AUGACCAUCGUUGAGGAGUUCUGUGCUGUGUCUGGGGCGCGGUUGAACCAAGCCAAAUGUCAAACUCUGGUUCUCAACGGCCACCUCGACCCUGCCGACACGGACGGCGGGGGCCUCCUGAACAUUGUGCCCACAGGCCAACCCGUGAAGUACCUUGGACUCAUGUUUGGCCACCAGCUCCCAGCAGACCACCAGCUCAACCUCGCCCACGAGAGGUUUAUGGCCAGCUUCCAACAAUGGGGCUGCCGUGCUCGUACGCUCCAAGGGCGUCGGUUGCUGGCCAAUACUGUCAUGCUCUCACUCUUGUGGCAUGUUACGGCCGCUCUACCUGUGCCACCCGCCAUGAUGCAGAGCUGGCAGUCUAUGCUCAACCGCUACAUCCUCGACCGCAAGACUAUUCCUACAGACCGUCACCGUCCUCUGCUGGCUGCACGCCUGCAGUUUGACUCGAAACUAGGCCGUGGGCUACCUCAUUUGCGUCCAGGAUCCGUGCACAACGUCUACACCUCCUUCAACGUGCCAUGUCCCUGGCAACACCUGACCGUCCACUUUGGCAACCACUGGUAUUACGCCAGUUUGAGAGAUGUGUGGAGACAGUGGUCGGCUACACCGAUGGCUCAGCGCAUUCAGCUGCCCCUCACCCCAGCGACAACUAUGCAGCUUCCAGUGUGGCUCACGACCUACGAGCCCACCAUGUCGAAUGGCAAAUGUGCAGCUCGCAUUGUCAACUCCCCCCCAACUCGACGGUGGUGUAGCCAUGGUGCAUACAACCAGUUACGAUGUCUAGCCGAUAUCGUUGCCGUGCACGGGCGAUGGCCCACCCGUCCGGAGUUCAUGGUUAUGAUGUGUCAGGGCAACCCAGCGGCCCCAGUGGAGCGCGGCAACGACGGGCAUAUGCAAUGGGCCCCAGUGUAUCGCUCGGGGAUGAUUUACAACCAUCUGACUUGCGUCUACGCCAGGGUCCAGGGACUCAGUUGCCCACCCCUGCCACCCCAACAGCUCGGCACCCCUUCUACGGCCAGGCGUAUGGUGCUAGCCUUGGCCUAUCAUGCCCCAGCUACCGAGGCACAUCACCCAAUGUCCAGCACCGCCCGAGCCACCACUGCUGCCCUUCACAACUAUGUCAGGCGUGUCCGACAGACCUGUCGGUUGCCUCCACCGGUGCAUGGCGAUGUGUGGCUACGCCUCCUGUUCCGCAUGCUGCCUGUCAACUGCCGCUUUGCCUACCUCCUUGAGCGUCCCGAUGCCAUCUGCUGUGCUUACGGCUGUGGUGGAAGGUGCUACGGGGUCACCUUUUCGUGGUCGACUAUCUCGGACCAUGACCUUUUUACGGUCAAUGCGCGCGGCCACCAACGCCAGGAUGCCCUCAAGACCCUAUGGAUCCUUCUCAUAGCCUCAACCCUCCACCUCAUAUGGACCGAGCACAACAAGGUUCAGUAUGAAGCGGCGACUCCGCUGCCUCCCCCAGCGUGGAAUGAGCUAUCGUUCCUUGGCUGGACGAUGUCUGUCCGCCGAUGGCUCCGCCUACAAGACCCCGACUGCCCUCUCCGUUCCUCUGUCCUCGAAGUCCUCCGCGUCCAAUCGCCUUACCGACCGCUGUGGACCAAGUACCCCUACACGCUGCUCCUUGCGCCGACCUCUGCGACCGAUCAGCGCCAUUAG